GGUCAGAGCCGGGCGGACCUGCAUGAGCCACCUAUGCCCUAGAUUCAAGGCCUCAACAGCUCCAGCUGCAAGCCAGAGCUACACUUAAGACCUCAAGCAUGAACUUGGAGUCCAUCACCUCCCAAGAUCACACAACAACCACCAUGUUUCGUCCAACUUCCAUUCUCCGCGCAGCCCAAUCCCCAAUUACCCCGCCAUUCAAUAUCUACACCAACCCUUAUAAAGCGACCCGUCUCUGGCCCCUGGACUUCUCAAAGAUAGACCGCAAACACCAAUUCAGACUCGAAAGGAAAUACAAGAGGCGGGCGAAACUAAAGUGGGCGAGGCCGAGGUGGACAAAGUUCGUGAAGGUUGCGCAGAUGGGGAGUAUUGUUUUUAUCGCGGUUUAUGGUGUAUUGUUUUUGGACUGGAAUUCACAGGGGAAUCCUGAGCACAAGCCUUUUGAAGGGAUCCGGUCUUGGUUCUUUGGGUUAACGGACUCGAUAUGGACGAAAGAUCAGGUGAGGAGGAAACCGAAUUCGGAAGAGACGAUAUCUACGCCUACGAGUACUGCGAGGUGAGAAAAUCAUGGAGUUCGUGUAUGACUACGAUGGACAUCUGCAUCAACAUAGAAGCAUAGGCGUUUGGUGUUGGUAUCAACAUACCUUUUGAAGGUUCGAGCAUUUGUUGUGGAGGAAGAUACUUGACAGUUUCAAGGCUGUCCACAAUCAGACGAAAGAUUGAAGGCAUAUAGCCUUCCCAGAACACGGGAUCAUAAACGUCCAAGAGAGGGCUUGUACAUGCACAGGCAGCGGAAGGCUGGUCACUGGUUUGCAACCAGAAAUGGAAUCGCCGCUCCGACAUAGUAGGGCUCGCUAGACUAUUGUUUCUGAGUAUAAUAUUCGGACCUCCAAGCCGACCACU